AGAGAGAGAGAGGUGCCACUUAGAAUGGUGUAUAAGAGUUUGGUUCGAAUUUAUAAAAUUAAAGGCGGAGAUUGUCUGGUUCGUGUUCGCCUCCUCCCCUUCUGAAAUAGAACGAGAGAAGGUGUGAGAGGGAGAGAACGAGGGAUAGGGCGAGAGACUUGACUAAGGGAGCAGAGAGAGGUGGAGGGAGGACGGAAGAAAAAAGGGGGGCAGAGAGAGAGAGAGAGAGGCGUGAAGGAGAAGAAUAGACUGGAAGGAGUUGAACGAGAUAGAACUCUCAAGCCAGGCUGCCAAGCAACAGGUAAUUAAGGGGAUUAUCGGAAGAAAAGAGAGAGACUCAGUCAUGCUUUAUCCUCUUUCCAUUAACUUGCUCUUGAAGGUGAAACAACAAUGGUGAAUGCUAUAUUGCAAGUGAUACCUGUGUCUGCAUCCCUUGUACCAGUUUUAAGUUCGAAGUCCUCUUCCCAUCGUCUUUGCUAUAGACGCGAUACAAUAGUUGUGAAGACUAUGCUGCAACAGCUACCCAUGUCCGCAUCCCUUGUACCAGUGUUGCCACCCAGUGGAUGUAAGUUUCAGACCUUCAUUGAUUAUCUUACUAGAAGAAGAAUAGAUAGAAGCAGAGAAUUCAUGGUUCGUUCUGAGCAGAGCGACACCGAGUUCGAGAUUGAUCGAGUGAAGGCCAAAGAGGCUCUAAAGGACCUCGAUCAACAACUUUUGAACUUGUCCCAGAGACAAAUUCCAAAAACCAGGUCCCUUUCUUCAUUAGAGGCAGAUAUCAAGAAAAGAGAGCCAAUUGCUGCUGGGCUGGAAACAGAAGAUGUGCCAGAUGUUUCAGGAUCAUAUUUGGCAUAUAUUGCUACCUUUCUGGUCGUAAUAACUGUUCUUAAUAAUAUAGCAUUCAAUAUAUUUAUCAAACCAUCUGUUGAUAAUAAAGGGCCUCCACCUGCUAGUGCUAGUGCCAAAUUGUUCCAGGAGGAGAUACGGCAGGUUCCAACAUUGUAAAGCUAAGAAUAUGCUUGUCCAUCAAUCAAGGAGAAAGAGGAUGCAAUUUCGUUGCUUGAUGUACCUACAUUCUUUAUGAUGCUCAUUAAGAUGAGACAAGUCAUGCAUGGUUAGCAUUAGGACAGAUGGGUGUCUCCAUAGCCAUUUUAUCCUAACCGUUCAUCGAGUAUGUGCCUUUGCGGUUUACACCUGCAAUCCCAUUGUAAUUGGUUAAUCAUCUACAAUCAUGAAACUUUGUGGGGCUAUUCGAAGCUUGGUUGGAGCUUUGUUUUUA